AUGGAGACCUCUAUGGAACAAAGAUGCAUCCACUGGCUUACAUAUGUAUUACAAAAUUGGUCAAAUAUAGACGUUCGAACAGUUCCCGGUGUAAUGUACCAAGUACUUUGCGGAAGUGACGAAGGGAUUCAGUAUCGAUUUCAUUGGUUUUGGGAUUGCGAGGAAACAUAUAUUCACAACCAUCGUUAUGCGUUUGAUACGUACUGCAUCGAGGGUGAAUAUGUAGAAAGAAUAUGGGAGAUCGUUCCUGAUGAUACUGACGCAGUUACCUAUUGCUUUUCUCGGGAAUCUGGAAAUCAUUUGACUUCGCUUAUGAAUGUAUGCGGCACUUUACGGAUCGUCGAAUGUCACUCUCAUUUUCCUGGCAAUGUAUUACAUGUUCGUACCGAUCAAUUUCAUUCGAUUUCUCCAAUGAAUGGUUUAAAUAAUCGGGUCAUGACGUUUGUAGCAAGAAUAUUAGAUUCGUCGAUGAAAGCGAACACGCAUAUAUUGUCCUCUACAGCCACUAUAGAAGCGCCGAUCGAAACCAUUCUAGUAGCAACACCUGAAGAGCGUCUAGCAAUGUAUUGCAAACUUCAACAAAUUUCAAUGAACUAUAAUGUUAGUUAA